AUGAAUCUGGCAAAUUAUUCCUACUUCUCUGGCAUGUGCAACAUGACCGCAGAGACGCAGCACUCGCCCGCCGAGGCGAGUCCUGUCCUCCUGUCUCCAGAUGUGAGCCUGGACUCGCCGCUGCCCCUGAUGCUGCAGGCCCGGUCCAAGGACAACGUCUUGAUCAAGUCCGAGCCCGGGGCAGGCAGCCCGGCCGCGGAGGACGGGGCCGCCCUGGGCCAGGCCGAGGAGGAGCACCUGCCCGCCGGCAGCCGGCGGAGGAAGAGGCCCGUGCAGAGGGGGAAACCGCCCUACAGCUACAUCGCGCUCAUCGCCAUGGCCAUCGCCAACUCGCCCGAGAGGAAGCUCACCCUGGGCGGCAUCUACAAGUUCAUCAUGGAGCGUUUCCCCUUCUACCGGGAGAACUCGAAGAAGUGGCAGAACUCCAUCCGCCACAACCUCACGCUCAACGACUGCUUCGUGAAGAUCCCCCGGGAGCCCGGCAGGCCGGGCAAGGGCAACUACUGGACCCUGGACCCCGCGGCCGAGGACAUGUUCGACAACGGCAGCUUCCUGCGGAGGAGGAAGCGCUUCAAGCGCACGGACGUGAGCACGUACCCCGGCUACAUGCAGAGCUCGAGCGCCUUCACCCCGACCCCGAUGGGCCGGCCCUCGUACCCCAACACCCUGUACGCCGGGAUAGGCUCCGGCUACGGCCCGCAGCUGGCGGCCACGUCCCCGCACCACCCGGCCAUGCUGCAUCACUACCAGGCCUCCGCCGGCGUCGGCCAAGGGCAGCCGCGCAUGUUCAGCAUCGACAGCAUCAUCAGCCAGCAGACGGGGGCGCAGAGUUGCCCGGGCGCGGAACUCAACCCGCAGGCGCUGCAGGCGCUGGGCGGCGGCGGCGACCUGGGCGCCAUGACCCCCGGCUGCGACCCGUCCGCGUGCUUCCAGGGCCAGGCGGCCAGCCCCUCGGCGAACAUGCUGGGCAGGGGCAGCGGCAACGUCGGGUACCCCUACUCCUCGUCGGCGUCCCCUCCGAACCUGUCCGCCAUGACGCAGUCCGGGUUCUCCCCGGGGAGCUCCCAGGUCUACUGCCCCGGCAACCGGCUCUCGCUGCCGGCGCUGCGCCCGGGCCCGUGCGCCGAGCACACGGAGCAGCUGCUGGGCCUCUCCGGCCCCAUGAACUCCUACAACAACAGCUACAUGCGACAGGCCAACUUCGCGUCGGGAUUAGACCGGUACAUGUGAGACGGUGCGCUGGAAGGAAGGGAUUCGGUGAUAGAAACAUCGCGGGCCACUCGGGUGUCCCGCGCGAGAGAAAAUAUGAGAGAAGCACAGUUGGCAUCAUUACAUAAAUGGUCAGAAGUUUGUUGGCAUAUGACAGCCUGCGCAUCAAAAAUGCCUGAGGUGGCUCAGUGUUGUUCCAUCGUGCUCCUGUAAGAACUUGUUUAUACAUCGAAAUGAGAGGACCGAGCCUCGUGAAAAGAAACAUUCCUAUAUACAAAAGCCAUUUAGAUCCGUUUGACACAUUCCAUGAGUGUAUCUCAGAGUUUACUGUAAAUCUUAUUGUGACACAUAUCGUUCACAUUUCCUGUGUUUUUUGCUUUAAGUUCACGUGCAUGUGGUCAUUAUAAGAUUCAAGUCUUCUUCUUCAUGUAAAUAGUUUGUAAAAACUUUGAUAUUAUUGUUGAAGACAGGUGCUCUAAAAAU